UUGGCCAUCCCUUGUUCUUGUGGUGUUUUGUUUUUACCAUGUGUUCCAUGUUGACAGUAACCAGAAGAUAAGCUUUAUGCAUCUAAUGAUUGAUAAUGGAGGAGGCUUCCUUGUCUUCCAUGUGCUCUUGGACAUCCUAUUUAGAUACUCAAAUUUGUCAUUACAAAUAGACCCUUGAGCAGUUUUUUAAGGCCAUCAAUUAAUAAGGCAUCAUAUUCAUUCCUAUGGAUUCAAACACUUCAAGCUUUCUUUUGAACUCUUCAACUUUUCACUCAGUUUUCUACCAAGACAAACAAGAUGAUGGCAUUAUUGAUCUGGGUCUUAGUCUUGGAACUGUUCAACAUGAAGCUUAUCAUUCUUCUGGCAACUUGUAUGAUGAUGACCUUAUGGAUUGGCCUCACUCUGAUCUACAUCUCAAGAAUUCAAGCACAAUGCAUUCUAGAUCUGUCCAUGAUGAAGAGUUAGAGGGAGUCCAGAGCAAUGAGAGAUGGGCUUAUGUGAAGGUAAACAUGGAUGGAGUUACCAUUGGUAGGAAAAUUUGUGUCCUUGAUCAUGGAGGGUACUCAAGUCUAGCAAUCCAAUUAGAAGACAUGUUUGGAAGCCAAUCCCUUUCUGGGUUAGGAUUGUUUCAAUCUGAAUCAGAGUAUUCAUUGUUCUACAAGGACAGAGAAGAUAAUUGGAGGCAUGUUGGUGAUGUCCCAUGGAAAGAGUUUGUGGAAUGUGUGAAACGCUUAAGGAUUGCAAGAAAGAAUGCAGGCUUUGUUUCCUGUUCAUCAUACACCUAAUGUGUUUUGAUGACUUUAUGCUAAGUUAUCUGAGUGUAAAACUUGGUGCAUUCAGUCUUUUACAGUGUACUGGGUAUUUUAGACAGCAAAAACAAGUCCUUCAUGAAAAAUUGAAAAGUGAUAUUAGUAGUCCAUAUGUUUCACUUCUAACUUUGAAUCAAGGACUUUGGUGACUUUGGUGUCUUUGCAACACACUAACAGAAUGCCAGAGUGUUGCAUUACAUUAACAACCUACUUA